GCUUCCCGUUUCACUGAACAAAGGUAUGUUGCCACCUCUCCUAGCUUCAGCAAGACUUCUCACAAGGACAAGACGUUCUGAAUAAAAAUGGCUGAGGAGGAAAGUAAAAGCUUCUCUCUUGAGCUGAGUGAGAAAGGAGGUAUAGAAAACAAAGGAUUUGCUCAAAAUGAGGUGCUUAAUGAAAAGGAAUGCAAUGCCAGCCUCCAAGAGGAGAUACCAGAAACAUGCACUGCCGGCAUCAGCUCAGCAGCUGUGCAGAGCCAGGACUGUGAAGUUUUGAAGCCCUUUGCAGGAAUGCGUAAGGAAGUCUUGCUUAAAUUCUCAGGUCAGGCACGGUACAGAGUCACCAGAGAGAUCCUCUUCUGGCUCAUAAUUGCAUCUACACCAGUGCUUGUGGGGGCUACAAUUGCAAUUGUUGCCGUGUCGCCAAAGUGCCUGAGCUGGUGGCAAGCUAGUCCCAUUUAUCAGAUCUACCCACGUUCGUUUAAGGACACCAACAAGGAUGGGAUUGGUGAUCUGAAAGGUAUCCAAGAAAAACUGGAUCAUAUCAUGUAUUUAAAUAUAAAAACGAUCUGGAUUACUUCUGUUUAUAAGUCACCCUUAAAAGACUUUGGGUAUGGAGUUGAAGACUUCCGGGAUGUUGAUGCUAUGUUUGGAACGAUGAGUGAUUUCGAAAAUCUGAUUGCAGCUAUUCAUGACAAAGGUUUAAAGGUGAUAAUGGAUUUAAUACCAAACCACACAAGUGACAAACACAGUUGGUUUCAGCUGAGUCGCAAUCGGACUGGGAAGUAUGCAGAUUACUACAUCUGGCAUGAUUGUGCACACACUGAUGGGACAAUCACUCCUCCCAACAACUGGGUGAGUGUUUAUGGGAAUUCCAGUUGGCAAUAUGAUGAGGUGAGAAAGCAAUGUUAUUUUCAUCAGUUUGGGAAAGAACAACCAGAUUUAAACUUCCGCAACUCUGCCGUGCAAGAAGAAAUCCAUGAUAUUAUCAAAUUUUGGCUUGGCAAAGGCAUUGAUGGGUUUAGUAUCAAUGCUGUUAAAUUUCUUCUAGAAGCAACACACCUGAGAAAUGAACCUCAAGUGAAUAAAUCCCACAAUCCGGAGAGUAUCUCAGCAUAUUCUGAGCUGUAUCAUGACUACACCACCACUCAAGUGGGCAUGCAUGAUAUCAUCCGCAGUUUCCGGCACACCAUGGAUAAAUUCAGCACUGAGCCUGGCCGAUACAGGUUUAUGGGAACUGAAGCCAAUCAGCAGGAAAACAUCGAAGCAACAAUGAUGUAUUAUGGAACAUCUUUUGUCCAAGAAUCAGAUUUCCCCUUCAACUUCUACCUAAUUAACAUGGAAAACCUCUCAGGAAAUAGUAUUUUUGAAACUGUAUCUUUGUGGAUGAAGAACAUGCCCAAAGGAAAAUGGCCCCACUGGGCGGUUGGAGACCCUAGCACUUCUCGAAUUGCAUCUCGGAUUGGAAAAGAAUACACUAAUGUCAUAAAUAUGCUCCUUUUAACUCUUCCUGGGACAUCUACAACUUACUAUGGUGAAGAAAUAGGAAUGGAAAAUAUUGCAUCUGAAAAUGUGACCUUUCCAGAGAAGUCACCCAUGCAGUGGAAUGGCAACCUUCAUGCUGGCUUCAGUGAGGGUAACACAAGCUGGUUACCUGUUAAUCCAGACUACCAAAAUGUAAAUGUCGAAGUUCAAAAGACUCAACCCAACUCAACACUGAAUCUGUAUCGAGAGCUAAAUUUACUUCGCAACAAUGAGCUGCCCAUUCAUAGGGGAUGGAUGUGCUACAUUUGGAAUGACAGCAAUGUUUUUGUGUAUCUGAGGGAAUUAGAUGGAUUAGACACAGUCUUUAUAAUGGUUCUCAAUUUUGGACAGGAAUCAAUCAUAGACCUGAAAGCUGUAGUUUCUGAGCUUCCAUCUGAAGCUACCAUAAGACUAAGCACUAAUUUUAGCAACACUGGUAAAGUUGUAAAUACCAAAACAAUUAAAACUGAAAAGGGGGAAGGAAUUGUCCUAGAGUAUAAAACAAGGAAGACAGUUCAUACUAUGGAAGCUUUCCAAGUUAAGUGUUUUGUGGCUGAAAAAGCAUGUUAUUCUAGUGCCUUGAACAUACUUUACAUGCACUGCUAAGCGUGCGGGGAUGUAGGAAAUUUUGUUUUAUGCAUUUAAGGUAGGAAGUGUUGAUUUCAAGUAAAUGCUGUGAAUAGUGUGGCAAUGGCUUUUUAAACUUGCUGGUUUGUGUAUUAAAUGAACAGCAGCCUCUAAACUAA